CGUCAUAUUGUCAGGGACAUACAGGAAAUGGAAAGGAAAAAGGCCCAAUUACGAUACAAAUAGAAAUGUACAGCUCUGAUAACGACGCUAGUGAUAUUGUUCACUUUCAAAUGGAGGACUAAUGUUGAUUCUCGGAAUCCAUGGAGACCCAUGAAGAAACGCCAAUAAUCUACACAAUGGAAAACAAGCCGAUUGUGACAUGUGCUGGCGACCAGAGCCUGUUCACUUCCCUCUACACCUCUCUGGCACAGCAGUUACCCAAGGAGCCCAUGGAGUGGAGGAGGUCCUACGGACGCGCACCAAAGAUGAUUCACCUUGAGGCCAACUUUGUUCAGUUCAAAGAGGAGCUACUUCUUAAGGAUGGAAACAGAGCCCUGCUCACCUUUCCCUUCCUGCACAUAUACUGGACAGACUGUUGUGACACAGAGAUGUACAAGGCGUCGGUGAAGGAUGACAUGCUGCGGUGGCAGAGCACUCUGCGACUGCACGGCUCGGUGGACUGGCUCAUCGUGGUGGUGGAGAGCGAAGCCAAGAAGAAGAACAAGACCAACAUCCUGCCGCGCACCUCCAUCGUAGACAAGAUCCGCAACGACUUCUGCAACAAGCAGAGCGACAGGUGUGUGGUUCUGUCUGACCCUCUGAAGGAGUCGUCUCGGUCCCAGGAUUCGUGGAGCUCCUUCCUGACCAAGCUGCGCACCUUGCUGCUAAUGUCCUUCACCAAGAACCUGGGCCGCUUCGAGGAUGACAUGCGCACGCUCCGCGAGAAACGCACCGAGCCCGGCUGGAGCUUUUGCGACUACUUCAUGGUGCAGGAGGAGUUGGCCUUUGUGUUUGAGAUGCUGCAGCAGUUUGAGGAUGCUCUGGUCCAGUAUGACGAGCUGGACGCUCUCUUCACUCAGUAUGUCCUCAACUUUGGGGCUGGAGACGGGGCCAACUGGCUGGGCUCGUUCUGUGCCCCGGUGAAGCGCUGGAGCGGGCUGCUCCUGCGGCGGCCCAUCGACAUGGAGAAGCGCGAGCUGAUCCAGCGCUCCGAGGCCAGCCUGCUGGACCUGCGCAGCUACCUGUUCUCCCGCCAGUGCACCUUGCUCAUCUUUCUCCAGAGGCCCUGGGAGGUCACCCAGCGAGCCCUGGAGCUGCUGCACAAUUGUGUCCAGGAGCUGCGCCUGCUCGAGGUGUCUGUGGUCCAGGGGGCGUUGGACUGCUGGGUGUUCCUCAGCUGUCUGGAAGUGCUGCACAGGAUCGAGGGCUGCUGCGACCGCGCCCAGCUAGAGGCCAACUGCUCCCACACUGUCGGCCUGUGGACCUACGCCACAGAGAAGCUAAAGUCUCUGGGCUACCUGUGUGGCCUGGUGGCCGAGAAAGGCCCCGCCUCCGAGGACCUAAACCGCACCGUAGACCUUCUGGCUGGCCUGGGGGAAGAGAGACCAGAGACGGUCAACAGCCUGCAGAGCCCUUACAAAAAACUCAGUGAGGCCUUAUCGUCUGUGGAGGCGUUUGAAAAACACUAUCUGGAGCUGUCUCAUGCUGCUAUGGAGAUGUACAGAACAAUAGGCAGGAUGCGCUCAUCCCGGCUCGUUGGAAAGAGUCUAGCUGAGUUUUACAUGAAGAAAUGUGUCCCGGAGAGAGCAGAGGGCUUCCUUGAUGACUCUCUGAGGUCCUACGUGGCAGAGGGGUGGAGCCUGCAGGUGACUCAUACCAGGAAGCAGAUGGCAGAGUGUCAGAAGCUCUUGCAGCAGACCGAAGACUACCUGCAGACCAGUGCUUUGCUGGCGGGCGACGCCAACCUGACAGAGGAGGAGAGGAAGCACUUCUGCCAGGAGAUCCUUACCUUUGCCAGCCAACCCCCGGCACCCUCAGACCAGACUGUGGCUCUGAGCAUGGCGGCAUUCGCCCAGCUGCGCCAGAUGCAGUUCAGCCCGCCUGGCGCCGUGGUGCACGUGGGUGCCGCCCUGCAGCUGGAGCUGCGCGUGCGCUGCCUGAUGCCUGUGGCCGUGCAGGUGGAGCAGCUGGCUGCCACUCUCCACUUCAGCCUGGAGCAGGGCGGGGCGAGGGGCCGGGCGGGCAGCACCCAGAGGAGGACAGGCCAGGGACCACAAGGCCAGGGGGACGGGGUGGUCCUGUUCCCCCAUGGAAGCCCCCUAGCUGGGGCCGGGUUGGGCGCUCCGCUACCCCCCGCACUGGAGCUUUACGAAAUGCAGGACCGCAGCCCGUCGGACAGCUCGCUCAACUCCACGGGGGUGGUGUGUAAGAACAUGCACCUGCUGCUGCGGCGCCAUGACAGCUCAGCCUCCCUGGACACGCCCACCGCCGGGGCCCUCCCGGCAGCGGUUGCCGUGGACGACGGGGCCCAGAUGCUGAGGGCACGCGACAUAACGCUGCAGCCCGGCGACAACAGCAUCUUGUUCACGGCCCCGACUGGAGAGCCGGGCUCAUACACGUUACGUCAGCUGUGCGGGAGCGUGGGGAGAGUCCAGUUUGUCCAGUCUCACAUCUACCCUGUGGUGCAGUACGAGGUCUACUCCCAGGAGCCUCAGCUCACCAUCGAGCCCCUCUCAGACAACCUGUUGGCAGGCAUUCCCCAGAAGGUGAAGUUCACCAUAGCAACAGGCCACUACAGUGUGAAGAAGGGUGACGCACUGCAGCUUAGCAAUACAGACUCCAUGCCCAUCCUCCACUCCAGCUGCUGCUCUGCUACCAUCCUGUCCAGCACGGGAGAGCGCGUGGGGGAGCGUGCUCUUUCCGUCCAGUCAUCGGAGAAGGUGACCAGCAUUUCCCUUCCCCCCACCCCUCCCUACCACACCCUGGAGUUCCAGCUGGAGGUGCUGUGCCACAUCCCCCCCACGCCCUUCAAGCCCGACAUCGAGCAUCUCACCAACGGCGAGGUCCGCCACCGGCCCAAGAGCCACAGCCACGCAGACAGUGGCAUGAUCAACAUCGACCAGAAGGUCUCCAUCGACUGUCCCUGGUCCAUCUACUCCACACUCAUAUCCCUAACCUUCUAUGUCCCUUUCAAAGCCAAGCACUCAAUACUCUCUGCUGGGAAAAGGAAGUACAUACAGGUGUGUCUCCAGAACGUGUCCGACACAAACUUCCACCUGGCGGACCCGGUCCUCACAGAGCGCCAGCCCACAAUCCCGGUGGAGCUGCUCUCACUCAAUGCUAAAACACAACAGACGGUGUGCAGUCAGCAGUCCGUGUUCUGCCUGUGGGAGAUGCGUUGGGUCAAACACCUCCCGCUGUGCCUGCAGUGUGCAUUCUCCGCCAGCUUCGCGCCCGUCUCCGCCUCGGACGCACACACAGCCUUCAAACCCUACCGCUACGAGUUCCAGCUGGACCGGGUCUCUACCCUUUACAGCUUGAAGGCCGAGAUCUUGCCGCCGUCUGGCGACCAGCACUGUCGCACCGGCGCCCUCUGUGGCCUCGAGAUAUCCAUCACACGGCAGGCGGAGCCCAGCGAGACUGAAGGGGAGGAGGAGGAGUCUACAGAAAUAGAGGGCCUGAGGACCACCAAGCUCAUGUAUGAAGUAGUGGACAACAGCAGUAACUGGGCGGUGUGUGGCAAGAGCUCGGGGGUGGUGUCCAUGCCCGUGGCUGCCAGCGCCACACACAGGGUUCAGAUGGAGGUCAUGCCCCUGUUCGCCGGGCACCUGCCCUUCCCCAACAUCAAAGUGUUCAAGUACCUGCCCCACAGUGCCGUCCCAGCCAUUCAGCCGGACACAGACAGCUGCUUAGAGAACGACACCAUGUCCCUGCUGGACAAAGGUCUGGACGACCAGGGCGACACGGCCAGCAUCCGUAGCCGGGGCAGUGUCCACUCGGUGGGCAGUGGGGAGCAGCAGCGGGAGCAGCAGAGGGGUCUGCCCAUGCCCCGCCUGGAGCCCUUCAGUCCAGGACAGGUGUUCUAUUGGAGCCAGGGGCGGCAGGUGCUGGUGCUGCCUGUUACUGACGACCAUGUGAUGGAGGUUAACGUAACAUGACCCCUGUGGGCCGCUGCCCCGCCCCCCGCUGUGCCCCCACCACGCCUGGACCUCUGUGGUUUGGUUCCUGGCUGUGGUUCUGGAACCGGGACGUGGCAUGGCGGCAGGGAACUGACACUGGCUCUCCUCUCAGGACUCAUUGCUGGCCGACCACUGGCCCUGCUCCUGUUCUGGCCUGAGUUCCAUCUGCUGUAUUUUUAUCUUGUCAAUCUUUUUCAGUAUUCACUGAAUUCUCAUAUAAAAAUACCCCUCUCUCCCCCCACUGUCAGCGAAGAGGGUUUGGUGUACCUGUAAUACUAGCUCUCUUAUUGGUUCGUGCUCCAUGGACACAGUAAACCGCUUAAAACUGUUCUGCAUAGAACCCCCCCCACGCACCUGUGACUGGUUUGCUGGUUCCACUGAUCGCCAACACAACCUUCUGUAUGAGGCACACAUGGACAAACUAAUGUGUGUUUGGACAGGGGUGCUUUGGUUUGUGGUUGUUUGUAUUGGUUGGUGUGUGUCUCUGUCUAUGCAUGACAUGGCAAGUUGUGAUAGAUGAAGGGAAAGAGCGGGGCCAGUUCAUCGUGUGUGUGCGUGUGUGCGUGUGUGUGUGUGUGUGUGUGUGUGUGUGCGUGUGUGUGUGUGCGUGUGUGUGAGUGAGAGCAAUAUCUACUUAAUUUUUCCUCCUCACUCACUUCUAGCCCCUUGCCCCCCAAACCCUGCUGAAUCCUCUAUCCUUUGCUGUAGUCAUAGUGCCACCCUCUGGCCACUGUGCAAACUGUUCAAUAUGUACAUAUUAUUCCAGAGGAAUCACUGUACUGACUGACUGUGUGCAAAGGCUGCACCAAAAACAAAUUGUCUCGAAGGAAUAUGUUAGAGGAAAAAUAAACUAUUUUUGUUUUCGAGCAGGUGGGAGACGCACUUAAUCUGAGUACUAACGAACACAUGCUUUUGGCUCUGGAAGAGGACCUAUUUUUGCCUUGUUUUUGGUUGUUCAGGUUUUAAGGUUCACUGAAAUUCACUUAUUCAGGUAUCGGUGAAACCUGAGAACAAUGGGUUGUUUUCAGUUACUUUUUGUCUGAAAGUGACCGUCUGUUUGAAGUGUUACCAUCAUGUGUUCUGUAUGACUUUGUGGUUUACUUGAAUGCGAGCAGGUAAAUUCUAUGUUUAGUAAAUGUGGUGUCUGACCUUUUUUUUCCUUUUUUCUCAGACAUUCGCUGUUGCUACGGUAACUGUGUCAGGGAGAGCACUUAUCAUAGCACAAUUCUUUUAACAGAAACAACAAUUUAGGAGGGGAAAUUUGCUUGUAUAAAUGCGAUUUUCAUUCGCUUAUUGACCUAUUUUUGUACUCUGUCGCCGGUCAAGUUCUGGUUGUUGCUCUGUGUCUGUCGGUGUGGUUGGUUGGUAUCUACUGGAGGCCAAUGAGGGCUUUGGGCCUGAGGCCUUAGCACACCCCCUCAGCUAUACUCCUGUCCUGUAUUCCUAGACCUCUGGGCUUGUAUCUAGCAUAAUCCCACAAACAGAAAGUAGUGUUCACCUCCAGGACGAAAGUCAGAAGGCUUGUUCCCUCUAUCUGGCCGUCUUAAUGAAAGAGAACCCCUCCCACUCAGACUCCACAUACAAAACGUACUGGCCCGAUCCUACAGCAACACGGGCCUGUCUUUGCAACUUCCAUGUGUCCUCGGUGUGUACAAGGGUGUUUAACUGGUCGGGAAAACUGAUAUAAUGAAGACUAGUGAUAUCAGUGCUCGUCUAUGUACUCAUCUUAUUUUAUGUCCAGCUGUAUUUAUUGUCUUAUUUUUUAUAUAUUAUUUAAUGGCAAAUAGCUGGAAGGGAUGGAAUCAAUCACACUCACAAAAAUAAAUAAUGCCAUUGGGAAUUGUCUGGUGAUAUUUUUAUUUUUUUCAACAGUCAUUAGUCAAUGAAAUCAAAUUAAAAAAAAAAAAUGUAUGUAAAUGAUUUCAUUGAAAUUCAGCACCACUUAUUGUUUUCAGAAUAAUUAUUUAAACUAAUCAUAUGUAUGCAUUAUACAGUUGAAAUUAAAUAUACCUAUGUUUUAA